AUAGAUGGAGUUCACUGGUCUGAUGUAUGUGUCGACUUCGAUUACGGAUAACCUUCACGCCGGUGUUAUUCCACUGCUUGCAGAAGAUAAAGAAACGGUCCAUGACGACGGAAAAAUCGAGAGAUUUAUUCCAAAAGGCCAAAACGCAACUCUAUAGGGUAAUCUGAGAAACGCCGAGUAAAACACACCGUUGGAGGAAAAAGAAAAAUGUGUUGCGUACAGAGUGGUCUCUGCACCAGAUUUUAACGAGUUCGCUUCUAUUUUCUUUUUCUUCUCCCUCGAACGUCUGGAUUUCCUUUUUUCUGUACAAUUGCGACGCUGUCAGUGAUAGUUGACAUGUGGCUUUCUAUUUGACUUUCAAACUAAAAUAAGAACUCUGCGUAGAACAUCCAUAAUAGCAUAUUAUGCAACAAGUACGGUAAACGGCAUUUUAAACUCACGAGCUUAUUUGACACGAGCGGAGCGAGUGCUUACUAAACGAGUGACCUAAAAAGUUUAGCGAAUGUGUUGCAUACUAUACUUUUUUCUAGUUCCGUUUGUAAAAUACCUAAUUACACACCGAUCUAGCGUGCGGAAAUCGUCACUACCACGUCAGUUUCGUUUCCCACGGAUCCGAGCCACUUCGGAUAUUUCCCCGAUUUUCCGCACGGGUUUGGGAGCAGUCGGAUGUUUUCGGAGAUGUUUCCCACGCCUUGAAAGGCUAACGUUUUUGAAUUCUAAAUGUGAUAUUCACUUUGCUCGUGAUAUGAAAAAUACCAGUUCAUAAUAGUUACAAACCUUCUUUAACCAAAAUCCACUUCCUAUAUAUACAUGUCUAAUUUAUAAAAUAUUGGAACAAUAGAAGUAUAAAAUAAUAAAUACAGCAAAGAACAAAUUUUAGACUCACAAAGAUGCACAAAUAUUCCCAAAAUACAUUGAGACUCCAAAGAACCAUUUUCUUUUUAUCAGUAACAUUGUCUUUUUAAGCUGUUGUGAAAAUUUGCUCUAAUAAAGUAUAAUUUUUGUUCUUAAAAUGAUGCUGCGUGCAUACACAUUUGUUCAAGAUCCUUAGCUUUAGAGAUUGGAUAAAAUGAUGAUGAAACUAUUUUUGCCAUAGAUACAUAUCGUUUCUGCUAUUCCACUAAGAGUUCCACCCUAGAACUGCUUCUAUUCUAUCAACCCAAUGGCGGCCAACAGCCAAAGUAUAAGCCGCUGUGGCCAAUCCACGUGCCUUCUCCUGUAUCGCUCGCCAGUUACUCAGUGCGUAGGGUAUUUUGAAUAUUGGCGUAGAAUGACAUCGCAAAAUGUGCAAAAUGUUCAGUUUGGAAGAAAAUGGUGCGCAGCUUUGACCAAAUGGCAUAGCAACGUUCAUCUCUAGGGAUGUGGGAUCACCAUUCUAGCACAAUCAUCGCUACUUGGCCAGGGCUGUGUAUAGCACAGAAAAUGCUUCGCAGUUGUACAUCGUAGGUCGUUCCGGAUCGGGAAUUUCGACGGUCUUCGACUCGAACGCACCCGGAAGGAAAUGAAACCGUGUACUUAAGGUGGACCAGUUCUUGCGGACGCUAUUGUUUCGUUGUUCGGUCGACGGGCAAAAUAAGAAGAAUGGACGACGGCGACGACGGCCGGGCCUACCAUUGAAUAUUCAGGGUUCACGGUUGAAAUUUUUUCCGAAAUCGGGCGCGGUCGCGGUAUAAAUAAGCGACGCGAAAUUUUGAGUGGACAUUCAUUCAUCGGCCAUCAGAUCCUUCCGAUCGCCUUUAACCCGCCCGAUCACAGCAACAUGUUCGUAAAACUGGCCGUCUUCGCUUGCGCGCUCAGCGCCACCUUUGCCCAACAAUACCGGGGGCCACUGGCCGGCGGUCAACCCGCUUCCCUUUACCCCGCGGGCGUCGAUCCACAACUUUGCCCCAACUUCCCUCACUGCUCCAACCCGUUGGUCGCGAUCGGCCAGAGCGCUCCCCAACAGUACGCCCAAAACGCUCCCCAACAGUACCAACAGUACCAGCAGCCCCAGCAGCAAUACCAAUCACAGCCCCAAUACCAACCUCAGCCCCAGCAGUAUCAGCCCCAGCAGUACGCACCCAACCAGCAGCAGCAGCAGUAUUCGCCUGAAAUCCAGCAAAGGUUGGACAGGGGCGAAUACAUUGGCGAUGGGGAUUACAGGGGAGAAGGGUUGGCUGAAGCCCUCGCCCCCGGAUACGCACAACAAGCCGCUCCUCAGUACAACGCCGCGCCGUCCUAUCAGGCCCCCCAACAGCAAUACAACCCAGCGGCAUACGCAGCCCCCCAACAACACGCGACCCCAGCUCAAAUCCCUGCCGGAGUCAGUCCCCAGGCUUGCCCCAACUACCCCUACUGCUCAGCUGCAAUAUCGAGCAACCACAAGAUAAUCAUCGGUGCUAUCCUAGAGAUCGGAUUGGCCCAGUACCAAUUCACGGGUCAACUUCCCGCCCAAUACCCAGCAGGAGUCGACCCCAAAUCUUGCCCGAACUACCCUGACUGUAGCAACCCCUUGGUGGCAGUACAAGCGAACGCUCCACAAUACAAACCCCAGCUCUUACAACAACCUCAGCAGUACCAGCCUCAGUAUCAACCUCAGCCGCAGCAGCUGCAGCAAGUACAGUACCAGCCGCAGUACCAGCAAGCACAAUACGCGCCUCAGCCACAGGAACAGCCACGGUAUAGUCCCGAGCUGCAGGCUGCCCUUGAUCGAGGCGAAUACAUCGGCGAUGGGGAUUACCACGGAGAGGGAUUGACCGAGUCGCUAGCUAACACAGUACCGGCCGCUGCUGCUCCUCGUUACACACAAUCGCCUGCCCCAGUUACCGAGUACCAACAACAACAGCAGCAACCUCUGGCUAGCCAGUACAGCCCAGUACCUGUCGGAGCUCAGUACAGUCAGUCUCAACUGUUUAGCCCUGGUCCCACUCCAGCUUACAGCGCGUCACCUGCACAAUACAGCCCAGUACCUGACUACAGAUCCGCACAACCUGCGCAAUACAGUACCGCCCCGCAAUACAGUUCUGUUCAGUCGUCGCAAUAUGAUUCGGCGCCUCCUGUUCAAGCUCACUACGAUGCUGUGCAGGCUAGGUCGAACUUCGGGGCUACCGUUUUCGAUGCCAAUCAAGCGGUGGUUCACCCCGCUCAAAUACCCGCUGGGGUUGACCCUAGGGCGUGUCCUAAUUAUCCCUUUUGUCUUCAGUCUUGAAUGUGAUAUUGCGCAAUAAAUUUUGUAGUUGAUUUUGGGUAGUAGUUAUCUCACGAGAGCCGGAAACUGCUGCGAGUCGGGCUCAUGACGUAAUUGUUUCAGAUUCGUUCCCAUUUUUAUCGGAUCUGUCACAGAUCC